AUGAACCAAAAGGGAGACUUGCUACCUCUAUAAAAUGAGACGGAGUCGAUGAAGAAUAGAACCAUCUCUCCCUCAGAAGAUACCUUAAGUAACUUUGUGAAAUUGAAGAUUUGCUGUGCCGUUGGAAAUGAAAGGAAACACGCUAGCAUGGUUGCUGUACGUGGUGGCAAUAUGGCUUUGGUUUGGAUCAACCAGCUUGGCGGGGCCAGUAGCCUACACAUCUCUCCAAGACUACCCGACGGUGAGGUUUACUACUGGAUAUGCCACUGCAGGAAGCUACAGGCUCUUUAUCACCAGUUUGCGCAACCGCUUAGCGACUGGACAGGACGUAAGGCAUGGAAUACCAGUGCUGCGUGACAGAGUUGGUUUGCCUAUAGUCCAAAGGUUUGUCUUAGUUGAACUCUCAAAUUGGCUUCAGGAACCUGUUAUUCUAGCACUGGAUGUCACUACUGCCAAUGUGGUUGGUUUUCGUGCUGGAAAAAAUGCCUAUUUCUUUCACCCCGACAAUCCAGAUGAUGCACAGGCGAUUACCCAUCUCUUCAAAGACACUACUCAAAGGCAAACAUUCAAUUUUAGCGGAAAUUAUAGUGCACUUGAAAAUCAAGCACAUGAAGAGAGAGAUAAAAUCGACUUGGGGAUCCAGCCACUAGAAGAAGCUAUCUCGUCGAUAUAUCUGUAUAGCCUUGGCCAGGCUCCUCUAAGAGCCUUGGCUAGUGACCUUAUAGUGUGCAUUCAGAUGGUCUCGGAGGCAGCAAGAUUCGGGUAUAUUGAGGAGCGCAUUGGCCAAAGCAUUACAAGUUCGACACCAUUUCGACCGCGGGGCAGAAUCCUUAGCUAUGAGAGAAGCUGGGAAGACCUCUCUAGUGCCAUCCAGCAAUCUCUUCAACAAGUCUUUAAGCGGGUUCGACUUCAAGACGAGAGCUAUCGAGUGUUCUAUGUGGACAAUGUGAGGGAUGUACUGAUUUACACCAGCUUAGCUCUAAUGAAAUUCAGAUGCCAAUCCCCACGAAAAUCAUCAUCUGGGUUCUCUUUGGUUAUAAAGCCUGUGGUGCCAAAUUUUGCUGAUGGUCUUGUUUGUGAAGAGCCAGAGCCGACAGUGCGUAUUUCCGGUCGAGAUGGUCUUUGUGUUGAUGUGAGAUUUGGAAGCUACGCCAAUGGAAAUGCAAUACAGCUGUGGCCGUGCAAAUCUAAUUCAGAUGUGAACCAACUUUGGACCUUGAAAAGAGAUGGCACGAUCCGUUCAAAUGGCAAGUGCUUGACUAGUAACGGGCAUGCACCCGGAGACAGAAUGAUGAUAUAUGAUUGCCCAUCUGCUGUGACUAAUGCCACCUCUUGGCAAAUAUGGGAAAACGGAACUAUCAUGUCGAAAUCCGGUCUAGUUUUGGCUGCACCAGGGGGGAGUUUUACCACACUUACAGUAGAGAACAACACUUAUGCAGCCAGUCAAUCUUGGCUUCCAAGUAACAACACAGAACCCAUAGUGACAUCCAUUCUCGGGCUUCGUUAUUAUUGCUUGGAAGCAAACGGAAACGACGUGUGGUUAGACAAGUGUGCAAGCAACAAGACGGAACAAAAAUGGGCUCUUUACAGAGAUGGUUCGGUACGGCCUGAGCACAACCGGGACAGCUGCCUUACAAAUGAUCCGAAGAAAGGUAUAAUUGUCGAGAUUCAGUCUUGCAGCCCUGCAUCGUCAGGCCAGCUAUGGGCAUUCAGAAAUGAUGGCACCAUAUGGAAUUUGCACCAACAAAAGGUGCUGGAUGUGGCAUACGCCGAUCCAGACAUAAAGCGGAUAGUCAUUUGGAAAUACAAAGGACAAGCUAAUCAGAAGUGGGCGUUGCUUUGAUCAGAUGGAGUUGUAUGCGUGUAUGCUUAAAUAAAAAAGGGCAUCAAGUUAUUGUUGUCCGAUAUUGUAAUAAGAGCAAGCAUGGCCAUCGUCCUAUGCUAGCUAUAUCUCGAUCAAUGAAUGUGUUAAUCUCUAUUA